AUGGCAGAGGAAGCUCUCUCGAGAAAAACCGAUGAGAAGGGAAAAUUUGAAGGGUUACCAUUAGAGAGCAGUCCGUACACGCAGUACAGGGACAUGGAGGAUUACAAGCUCCAGGGGUACGGUACUCAAGGCCACCAGCAACCGCAGCCCGGCCACGGCGGUGGUGCCUCCACCAAUGCCCCCACCGCUUCUGCCGGCCGUGCUGCUUCUGAUGCUAAGCUCUCCCCCACUGAUCAUCCCGUCAACCGCCAAGGUGUCCCAUAA